AUGAAUAUCCGGAACGCACGGCCCGAGGACCUGAUGAACAUGCAGCACUGCAAUCUGCUGUGCUUACCAGAGAACUAUCAGAUGAAAUAUUACUUCUACCAUGGAUUAUCCUGGCCGCAGCUGUCAUACAUUGCGGAAGAUGAGAAUGGAAAAAUAGUUGGUUAUGUCCUGGCAAAAAUGGAGGAGGAUCCAGAUGACGUUCCUCAUGGCCAUAUCACCUCAUUAGCUGUAAAGCGCUCACACAGAAGACUAGGUCUGGCUCAGAAGUUGAUGGACCAGGCUUCCAGAGCAAUGAUUGAGAACUUCAAUGCCAAAUAUGUGUCUUUACAUGUGCGGAAAAGUAAUCGAGCGGCUCUGCAUCUGUAUUCCAACACGUUGAAUUUCCAAAUCAGUGAAGUAGAGCCCAAGUACUAUGCUGACGGUGAAGAUGCCUACGCCAUGAAGCGGGAUCUCACUCAAAUGGCUGAAGAGCAGCUAAGGAAACAGAUGGAGUUGAAGGAUAAAAGCCGGCCGCAGCCCCUCACUUCUAUAGAGAAUAAAUCUGACAACCGAUCCGGGCACGUGGGGGAUUGCUGCCGCGAUGAGAAGUGCAUGAGCAACGCUGGAAAGCGCGACGUCACCGAGGACAGCGGCGACAGCAAGGAUGUCAGCGAAGUCAGCGAGGCCACGGAGAGCACUGACGUCAAGGACAGCUCCGAGGCUUCAGACUCUGCCUCCUAAAGGAACGUCCACGCGGCGCUCUCAUUUUAGAUACAAUUCGCAUAAGCGGAAAAAGAAACCGUACCGCGCGCUUAUUUUAUUAAGAUCCUCCCCAGCUCCACAGAAAAGUGAAGAUUGUGUCCCAAAGGAAAACAAAUUGGUAACUACCAAAGCAUAGUAAAAUUCCUGAUCUGAA